AUGGCAAAAGCUUUCUUCGACAAAUAUGUUUCUGGUUGGAAUCCUUGCAGCACAACAGACCGCAUGAAUGCAAUGCACUACACUGCAUUGGAUGAUCCAUGUCUAGCUGAUACAAAAAAAAUAUUCUCCAUAGACCCUGCAUUGGAUUAUGACACAUUACUUAAUACUUUACAGAGGCACACACAAUGCACAGAACAUACAUGCCUCAAGAAAAAAGGUCCCACACUUGAAUGUCAUUACAAAGCUCUAUGGGUUCUACAAGAGAUGUCUACGUUGACAGUUGACAAUGACAACAACCCAUGCUAUAAACCUGCAAGGAAUGAUGAUCGUUUGAAUAUUCAUAAUCCUUGGAUGCUUUCACUAUGGAGAGCUAAUAUUGAUUGUCAACCAGUCACUUCAAAAAAAGCUAUCCUCCAAUACAUUUCAAAGUAUGCUUCCAAAUCAGAAAACAAAUCGCAAUCCUAUAUUGAAAUGCUGAAAACAAUAGUGAAUACAACUAAAUUUGAAGAUAGCAUCUUACUAACAUAUCAAAAAUUUAUGAUGGUUGUAGUAGCAAACCGUGAUAUCAGUGCACAAGAAACUUGCCAUAUGUUACAUAAAUUGCCUCUUGUAAGUUGUAGCCAACAGUUUGUCUGUUUAAAUGUUGGCAGAAAAAUACUGCACCGUGUUAUAAAAUUGAAUAAUGGAACUGACCUUUCCACAACUUAUAUCCAUGCUUAUAUGCAGUGCCCUUUUGAAUUAAGUGCAACAAAUGAAGAUACCGAUGAGUUUGAGGUUUUCUGUUGGUCUGAACUGCUAUUGUACAAACCGUUUCCUGACAUCCCAACUGAGAUAGGAACUUCAAAAGAACAAAUUAUAACAAAUUGGAAAAACUUUAAAAAGACUAAUUACAACCAUCUUCACAGCCAACAAAUUAUAGAUGAUUGCAGCCCUCCAAAUGAAGAUGUCAAUGACAAUAAUGGUUCUCAAAAUGAAGAUGAUACAAAUCUAUACGAGUGGGAAUUACUGUCACGAAUGGGAGCUACAAAUAACUUUGCCCAAAAUGAUCUACAAAUGCUAGGCCGUCGUGAUUACGAUAUUAACUACUUGUGGGGUGCAACUGUUAUGGAGGAUCAAUUAGAUUGUACUUCUCUUCAAUUCAUAGUUGCAACCAAGCUACAAUUCCAACACGCUAGCAUGGAAACCUCAACUCAAGACACACAAAAAAUUCAGUUGUCACCUAAACAAAAAGUUGCGCUUUACAUUGUUCUACAACAUCAUAAUAAACAAUCUGCAACAGCCCCUCUACGAAUGAUUAUUCAAGGCACUGCAGGCAUUGGUAAAUCAUUUUUAAUAGACUGCAUUAGGAAACAAUUGAACAUAUCUAUAGCUGUGAAGCAAAACCCAUUGCUUGUUUUGGCACCAACAGGUGUUGCUGCUUUUAAUAUACAAGCGACAACAAUCCAUGCAGGGUUAUGCAUACCUAUAAGAGAAAUGCAUCCUUUGACAGGGCAGUCAUUAAUGACAUUACAAGAACAGUUGAAACAUAUUAAAUAUAUCCUGAUAGAUGAAAUGAGCUUUUUAGGCCCAAAAUUACUACUAAAGAUAGAUAGUCGUUUGCACCAAGCAUUCUCUGAUAGUCAACAUGAAAGCUUUGGCGGGGUGUCCAUAAUUCUUGUAGGUGAUCUUGCUCAGCUCCCCCCUAUAAUGGAUAAACCUAUAUAUGCAUCUCACUCUACAGCCCUCAGUUUAUGGCACUCUUUUACUACUGUCGUAACAUUGGACACUAUUUUCCGGCAACAAGGUGCAUCUAUAAGACAUCAGCUAUUCAGAACAGUCCUUCACAACAUAAGAAAUGCUCAAGCAUUGCAACAUGAUUGGCAGUUUCUGAUGUGCCAGACAAAUGCAACAUUAACUAUUCAACAAAAAAAGGAUUUCAACUCAUCAAUCCAUUUAUUUGCAACAAAUGAAUCUGCACGGUUGCAUAACAGGAAAAUACUCAAAGAAUUAAAUUUGCUUGUCGCUCUAAGUUUAGCUAAAGUUGGUAAGCAAACAAAUACUGAAUAUGACAACAAUGAACAACUUCCAUUAGAAGUAUUGCUUUCUAUAAAUCAGCAAAUGAUGUUAAUAGCUAACUUAUGGAUUGAAGUUGGCCUUGUCAAUGGAGCUAUUGGUCUCAUCAAAACAAUUGUAUAUGAAAAUAAUACAAAACCACCAGACUUGCCAAAAUAUGUGGUCGUGCAAUUCAAGGAUUAUAAUGGACCUCCAUGGGAUAUAGCACAUCCAAAAGACAUACCCAUUUUGCCAAUAACACAAGGUAGGCGUAUGCAAGUACCUUUGACAAUGUCCUAG